GGACCUGUACAAAUCAAACCAACCCUUCCAUUAUAUACACUUCCCGUGCAAAACCCACAAAGAGCAUCAAACCCAAUACUUUGCCUCCACAUGACCAAAUUCGUCUUGUGCUCCACAAUGAUCCCACUCCCGCCUCCUCAUGUUUUCUUGACGGUCGUGAUCAUCUUUCUCUUCCUUGCAUUCGGAAAAAAGAAGAGACGUUCUACUAACAAAGACUCCAUUUCAGAGCUUCCUCCGGGACCGAAGAGGCUGCCUAUAAUCGGUAGCUUGCUCCAAAUGAGAGGCGCAUCCCCUCACCAAGCGCUCAACAACUUAGCCAUGAGACACGGCCCCAUAAUGAGCCUCCAGUUGGGUGAGAUCUUGGCCAUCGUGAUCACUUCACCCAAAGCGGUCAUGGAGAUCCUCAAGAUCCACGAGCCAGCUUUCGCCCAGAGGCCCCGACUAGGUGUCGUUGAGUCACUCUCAUACGAAUAUUCAAGCUUCACAUUCUCCCCCUAUGGGGAGUACUGGAGGCAGAUGAGGAAGAUAUGCGUGCUUGAGUUCCUCAGCACAAAGAGGGUCAUGUCUUUCCGAUCUAUCAGGGAACAGGAGGUUUGGAACAUGAUCAAGGCUAUUGGAGACUUCGAUGAGAAACCGUUCAACUUGAGCGACUUGAUGUUGUCCGUCAUUAACAAAGUGAUCGCCCGUGCAUUAUUGGGAGAUAGGUGCAAAUACCAAGAGGAAUUCAUUUCACUCAUGAAGGAAGUCAUGCUGCUCAGCGGAGUGUUGGAAUUCCCCGAUCUAUUCCCAUCGAUGAAGUUCCUCCAAUACACGUCCAGGGUGAAGCUUGCACGGGAGAGGCUGCACCACAAGAUCGACGUGAUUCUCAACUACAUCAUCGAAGAUCACAAGGCCAAGCUCGAAAGUGUCAUCAAUAAUGAGAAUAAGCCACCAGCGGGGGGAGAUUUAGUCGAUAUGCUCCUGCAUCUACAAAAGACCAGUGAUCUCAAGUUCUACAUCACAAUGGAAGUCAUAAAAAAUGUUACAAUGAAAGAACCACUGUCAGAACGCGCUCAAACUCUUUCAAUGACCCAGGAAUUGUUCUCGGUUGGAACUGAAUCAUCCUCCAUCGUGCUGGAAUGGGCGAUGUCGGAGAUGCUGCGAAACCCUAGGGUGAUGCAAAAGGCCCAACUAGAGAUCCGAGACCACCUCAAUGGUAAGUCCCUGGUCAAGGAAUCCGACAUCGAGAGCCUAGGGUACCUCAAGGCUGUAGUCAAGGAAACCCUGAGGCUCCACCCGCCGAUUCCACUAGUUCCAAGAGAAGCAAGAGAGAGAUGCAAAAUAAUGGGCUAUGAUAUCCCAUCCAAGGCCAAUAUCAUCAUCAAUGCAUGGGCCUUAGGGCGAGACGCAGAAAACUGGAUCAACCCUGAAGAGUUCUUACCAGAGAGGUUCUUGGAGUCUUCGGUGGAUUUCAAAGGGAAUAGCUUUCAUUACAUUCCAUUCGGAAAUGGUAGAAGGAUUUGUCCCGGGAUUAACUAUGCGAUUGCAGGCAUUGAGCUUCUUCUAGCUCAGUUGCUUUACCAUUUCGACUGGGGACUCGGUGAUGGGAAGAAAUUGCCCUAUGUGCUUGACAUGGAGGAGACUUUCACGAUCACUUUGCGAAGAAAGAACCCCCUCGUGAUGAUCGCAAAAUCCCGCAUUAAGUUCGCUGACGAAGGGACUCUUCCUGCCUAGACAUAUAUCCAGUCACAAUCCGAGAACGAAUAUUAUGAGCCAACUGAAUAAAGUUGGUCACUGCCACGAACAGCAUGGUUGAUAUGAAGAAAGUAUUUUCAAAUCUGUCCGGAAAAUGUGAAGGAGGGUCCGGAUGAGUUCGUUCAUACAAAUUAGAUAUCUUAGACGAAUGUAAUAAGUUUUUUCCCUCUUUAUUUUGGGUUUAAUUGAUGAAGUUAUCUUGUCACACGUAAUAUGGCCGUAAGAUGACCAUAAAUAAAAAUGAUUACUCUAUGACACCUAA